AGGACGUAGCGCGUAGUCUGCUCUGACGUGGCCGCCGGGGUCCGCCAUCUUGUGCCGAACAAACCAACGCCUCAGAGACGCGGAGCGCGAACCGGACAGCUGCCGAGAGCGAGACAGGGCACCGGGCAGGGAGACGAGCGCAUCCGCGACGGAGAGAGAUUUGUCUUGCCGUGUCUGAUCCCGUCACAUUUCCAUCAUGGGGAAUAUGUUUGCCAACCUGUUCAAAGGCCUCUUCGGCAAGAAGGAGAUGAGGAUCCUCAUGGUGGGGCUGGACGCUGCUGGCAAAACGACUAUAUUAUACAAGCUGAAGCUGGGAGAGAUCGUGACCACAAUCCCCACAAUAGGUUUCAAUGUGGAGACUGUAGAAUAUAAGAACAUCAGCUUCACAGUAUGGGACGUGGGUGGUCAGGACAAGAUCAGACCCCUCUGGCGCCACUACUUCCAGAACACACAAGGACUGAUCUUUGUGGUGGACAGCAAUGAUCGGGAGCGAGUGAACGAGGCCAGGGAGGAGCUGAUGAGGAUGCUGGCAGAGGAUGAGCUCCGAGAUGCCGUCUUGCUAGUCUUUGCUAACAAACAGGAUCUUCCCAACGCUAUGAACGCAGCAGAAAUCACAGACAAGUUAGGACUUCACUCCCUCCGCCAAAGGAGCUGGUACAUUCAGGCGACCUGUGCCACUAGUGGAGAUGGGCUCUAUGAAGGACUGGACUGGUUGUCCAAUCAGCUCCGGAACCAGAAAUGAAACCACCAAUCAUCUUCAUAUUAUUAUUUUUUCUCUUCUAUGGGUUUUGUUCGUUUUUAUUUUUUGUCCUGCCCCAUCUUCUCUUCAUGCCCUCCUCCUCCUCUUCUCUCCGCUUCUCUCUAACGUGGCAAACUGUUCUACUUUGCGGUAUUGAGUGCCGGAAGCAGCGCGCUCUUUUCCUGACGGUAUGGCGCCAUGCUGUACAUGUGGCAGUGAGGAGCCUGAUGACCGGUGUCUUAUUUAAUGUAAAUAGUUUAUUUUUGUUUGUUUUUUGUUUCCGAUGAGGCAGUUUCUGGUUCUCCUAUGCAAUAUUACUCUCCAUCGGAAUGAUACCAUGUGUAGUACUGGGGGGGUUAGAGAAUCCAUGUGUGGUCCAGACUGUGGUAUUCACUAUGACAUUGCUCGUUUUCAGGAAUUCUUCCUAUUGCUAGUUUACCUGGCGGUGGAGGGGCUCUGAGAUGUGGCUCCAGGACACCCUCAGGCAGUGCACAGGGUAGGGUGGCCUAAUACUUGGACCUUAUUAGUGUCACACACAAGGGUUUAAGCUUGAUGCUCUUCUUUUUUAAUUUUUGCAUGGUUCUAAGGCAGGCUCCAGUACUUGCGAUGCUGCUGGAUCUGUCGGCGUCUUGCGGCUGCUUCUGUUGGUGCUGAAGUGACAACGUACAUAGGUGACGUCACCGAGGAAAGGGGACAACUCUCCUGUUGGGUGACACUGAGAUUUCUGGAGGUUGCACAAUUUCCUGGAUUUUUAUCAGUUUGAAUCCGCUUUGCUAACUUCGAUCUACUUGAAAUCAUGGCCACUUUGUGUGGUAUUCGGGCACCUGCCUUAUCAGCAGGUCCUCUCUAUGGACUUGUGGUCCUGGUAGCUUGAUGGGCUGCUCUCCGGUGGACAUCUAGCUACCAUUAUUACUGCCUCCCUCUUUGUAUAGUAUCAGGUUUGUCUUACAGGGAGGGGUCAUUGGGGCUCCAUGUAGUUAGAGAAGCGGUAGUCCCUAAAUGGCCUCCUGUAAGGGUGUGGAGUCCGCUAGUCCUGAAGGAUGUCAGUCCCAUAGAGCUCAGGGAGAUGCCUCCAGUAGUCCCUGGCAUGUAGAAGCUGCAGUGUGUUCUAGAACUGUAGACGAGAUGUUGGGCCCCCUAAGUGUGGUACGGUGAGCUGGUCUCUGGUUGUAGUGGGUUGGCAGGCAAGGCUGGCACAUCCGCCCGCGGACAGGCAGCUCAGCCUUGUGCGCCUCCUGAAGCAGCACGUCUGACGCAGUCAUUCCAUUGAAGAGCGCAGACCUUUCUUUCUCCUGCCUGGAAUCAUUCCCCGGCGGCAUGCCUCUUGCUGCAAGGCGCAGAUUUGCCAAUUGAUAAUUGAAAUCUUUUAUUGUUUUUCCUCUCUACUCUGAUCAAACACUGAAAAGCUGGAGCUGUCGGAUCUCGGCCCGUAAGGAGCUGUGCGAAUGGUCCAUCUAGUGCUGUGGAAUCUAUUGCUUUCAGUAAAUGACUCGUAAUCAACUGUUUUGUAAACCUGUUUUCAUCUGGACAAACGAGCACUGUAAUUAAAGCUAGUAGAAUAAAAUCCAUCUAUUUCACAUUC